AUGGCAACUGCCAUUAAUCGCCUGGAGUCUCACGUUUUUGGAAAAUUACCAUCGCAACCCGAGGCAAAUUUCAAGAAUGUAAGUGCCAUGACACUGAGAAGUGGCAAGGAAGUGGAGGGGCCUAAGUUGACAAAUUCAAAAAGCAAAAGUGAGGAAGAGAUAGAAAAGGAGAUUGAAGAAGAAGGGCGCAUUCGCGAAGACCCUAAGAUACCAAAAUAUGCAAAAUUUUUGAAGGAUAUGUGCACCCACAAAAGAAAGCUAAGGGGUGAUGAAAGAGUGGAGGUGGGAGAAAAUGUGUUGGCCAUACUCCAAAGGAAACUCCCUCCAAAGUGUGGAGACCCAGGUAUAUUCAUAAUUCCAUGUAAAAUAGGAGAUACUCCAAUUAAGAAAGCAAUGUUGAAUCUAGGGGCGUCGAUUAACGUAAUGCCUAAAACUAUUUAUGCUUCUCUAAAUCUUGAACCAUUAAAAGGCACAAGCAUCAUAAUCCAACUAGCGGACCGUACCAAUGCUUAUUCAGAGGGGUUAGUUGAAGAUGUUUUGGUGCAUGUCAAUAAGUUAGUAUUCCCAGGAGAUUUUUAUGUCCUAGACAUGGGGGAUGAAAGGUCAUUAAAUCUGUCACCUAUUUUGUUAGGUAGGUCAUUUUUAAGCACUGUUAGGACAAAAAUAAAUGUGAACGAGGGCACUUUGUCAAUGGAGUUUGAUGGAAAAAUUGAAACUUUCAAAUUGGAUGGGGAGGAUGCACUGAGAGUGGUUUUGGCCAAACAUCUUGAGUUGGGAGCAACUCUUAAUGUGGAAAUAAGUAAUGAGUUGUACCGUGUGGUUGUAGCACUGUAUUUGCUCCCACCAAUUUCUUCAAGGUAUGAGGUUACUUCUCUCUUUGUACCAGAAACUCAGAAAAAGUUAUUGCCUUCUGUUGUGGAGGCACCCGAGCUGGAGCUCAAACCUUUCUCGAAACAUUUGAAGUAUUCAUUUUUCGGGGACAAAGAAAUACUACCGGUGAUCAUUUCUGCACACCUGUCGCUGAGUCAAGAAGACAAUCUGGUUCGACUUUUUCGAGAUCAUAAGGAGGUGAUUGGAUGGAGUAUAGCAAACAUAUAA